UAUGUCAGGAUUCCAGCACACGGGCACCAACUGCAACCUCAUAGCUGCAUUGCAACGCGCGGGCUGAAGUCCGCCCUGUCUUCCCUUCUCUUCCUUUCUGUAAAGUUGCCACCUUUUCUUUGAUUCCUCUCUCUCUCUCUCUCUCUCUCUCUCUCUCUCUCUCCGCGGACGCUGAGUGUCCAACUGUGCAACGGUGAUGGAGUGAGACUGAUGGCAAUCCGGAGUCAGUCCGAGGGGAAGGUCUGGGGAUUGUGCAGGAUGCCAUUCUGGCAGAGCUCCGGCGCGGGAGCCGCAGGAGGGGGUUCGUCCUCGAACAACUCGUCGGUGUCGCUGACUCACCACCAGCAUCCGACGAGUCAUGGCUCGGGCAGGGGGAGUCUGGGGAAUGGGUUAGUCAUGCAGCAGAAGGGAUCUGGUAGCAGCUCGGUGUCAUCUGUGGCGAGGUCGCUACUGCCCACCAGACGCCGGCUCCGGCUGGAUCCCGCCACCAAGCUCUACUUUCCAUAUGAACCUGGCAAGCAAGUUCAGAGUGCAGUCAGGAUAAAGAAUACCAGCAAAUCUCAUGUAGCAUUUAAGUUUCAAACAACUGCACCCAAAAGUUGUUUCAUGCGUCCCCCUGGGGCUGUACUCUCUCCAGGCGAGAGUAUUAUAGCGACUGUUUUCAAGUUUGUUGAGCAUCCAGAGAAUGAUGAAAAACAAGACCAGAAAAGCAAGGUUAAGUUUAAGAUUGUCAGUUUGAAGGUCAAUGAACCCAUGGAGUAUGUCCCAGAACUGUUUGAUGAGCAGAAAGAUCAGGUUGCGGUUGAGCAAAUCCUGCGAGUAGUAUUCUUAGAUGUUAAUCGUCCUAGUCCUCAAUUGGAAAAAUUGAAGCGGCUACUGGCUGAAGCUGAGGCAGCUCUUGAGUCACGGAAAAAACCUCCUGAAGACACCGGUCCUCGGAUUGCUUCUGAAGGACUCGUCAUUGAUGAAUGGAAAGAACGGAGGGAAAGAUACCUGGCUCGACAACAAGUUGAAGGUGUUGUUGAUUCAGUGUAGAGGUGCUGCUGCUAUGAUGAGUUGUUGCUGUAAGCUUCACUUACAGAAAAUUUUCCGAGAAUACAUGGUGCACAACCCUUUUUCAUUUCUAUUUCUUUUGGGAUGUGUUUAAACUGUUUAUCCUGAAAUAACAGAGUCUGUAAGUAAAUCAAUUCAACCUUGUCUGACAAUUGAGAUUUCUUCAAGGUGUAUGUGUGCCAAAAUUUGUUGAUAA